AUGGCAAUCCGCACGACACCGAAUAUCCCCUUCGAGCAGCUACCGUAUCAAUGCUUCCAGGAAGCACGGAAGGUGCUGCAGGCGGACCGAGAAGAGAAGCUCGAACAGAUACGUGUCGAGGUCGAGAAGAUCAAGAAGCUCGAGGCUACGGACGCGAGCAAGUUCCGAGACGGAGAAUACAUGAAGCAAAAGAGGCUUGAUAGUCUGCGCAGCUACGUAGAAGAGCUAAAGAUCUUGGCUGAUAUCAACGACCCAUUGGUGAAGAGAAAGUUCGAGGACGGUCUAGGUGACAUGAACAAGCCUAUCUACCGACAUCUUGCCGAACAGAAGUGGCGAGGGAUGCCCUAUAGAAUCAUAAAACAGCGUAUCGAGCAAUUCAACAUCGUGCCAGAUGUCCUGCCCAAAUUCGAGCCCACGGCGGAUGUGCAGCUAUCCUUCCGCAAGAUCCGCGUUGCCCCUGGAGAGAUUGUGGACAGCAUCGUGUCUGAGGUUGCCCCCCACCUCCGCGUCCAGGUAUUCAACAAGGGCGAGCGUCUCAUGUCCAUCGUUGUCAUGGACAGCGACGUACCUAUCCCCGAAGAGGACGGCUUCGCACGACGCUGCCACUAUCUGGCAGCCAACAUCCCCGUCAGCCCAACCAUCAACUCCUUUCCUUUAGCCAAGUUUGAUCCGGCAGACCAGCUUGCGGUCCCCUGGCUGCCAGCUUUCAGCCAGAAGGGUGCACCAUAUCACCGUCUGUCCAUAUUUCUACUAGAGCAGGAGCCUGGGCAGAAGUUGGAUGUUGGAAAGCUCAAAGAGCUCUAUUCUAGCCGGGAUGGAUUCAGUCUGAAGAGCUUCAAGGACAAAUUUGGCCUGAAGCCGUUCGGAUUCAACCUGUUCCGUACGGUAUGGGACGAGGGCACUGCCGCCGUUAUGGAGAGGAACGGCAUCCCAGGUGCGGACGUCGAGUUCAGGAGACAGCGGAUCGAGUCUCUUAAGGGGCCCAAGAAGGCAAGAGGUUGGGAAGCGAAGAGACAGGGACCGAAGUACAGGCAGUUGUGGAAGUAUACAAAGAACAUCCGCUAA